ACGCGCUUGAAAAACCGUCGUAAUUACGCGCUGUCGAGUUCGGAACGCGCCGGGAGCCGCUUGAAGAUUGCGCACUGAAAGGCGAAAAAAUUAUAUUACGGGCGCUUAAUUUGCCAUGCUCUCAUGUUCAAUUAGCACAAUUAAAUAUUAAUAUAGAGUGAUUUGCUUACAUGCUUUCUGAUCCGGUGGUGACACCUGACAUAAUUUUAUUAGAAAAUAGCACCAGGGCGCGCGCUGAUUGGCCAGACGCGGCUAUAGAUAUUAAAUCCGAGGUAAUAAGCACUCUACAAAGAAGACCGAAAGUUUGGCAGAAUCGCAGAAGAUUAGUAAUGGAGCCAGCGACCGACGCGAACGGACCAGUCAGAGGAGCAGCCAUGGAUCACCGCGAAGAUCACAGUACAACUUCUUUACUGGAAUUAGUUCCAAGUCUGGAGCACUCGAUCGUCGGAAUACUCAAUCACAACGGCGAGCUAAACGAGCAGGAUUCUGAUAGCGCUAAGAACGGUUGUGUAGACGGCAAGAGCUCCCCGACAGAGCACAGGAAGAUUGAUACUGUUUCUCUUGAUGAUGAAGAUAGAAAGGCCAGUGAUAGCCAAGGCGUCAAACAGAAGCGCCAUCGCACUCGUUUCACACCGGCUCAACUCAACGAGCUUGAGAGGUGUUUCGCUCGGACUCACUACCCAGACGUUUUCAUGCGAGAGGACCUCGCCGCACGCAUUGGUCUCACCGAGUCGAGAGUUCAGGUUUGGUUUCAAAAUCGACGCGCUAAAUGGAAGAAACGAAAGAAGACAGCUGCAAUUCUUCGACCUCCUGCCCCGAUUCUUCCGUCUCACAUGGCCCAGGCGUACAACCCCAGCCCCAUAGGUGACUCCUUGUGUACUUUCCAUAAUGAUCACCGAUGGCCCAGCACAAUGGGCACAGCAAUGCCAACGAUGGCUCCAGUCACUACUCCUUCUCUUCCUCUCUCCCCACCGCAUCACCCAUUCGCACAGACUGGACAUGAGGUUCUUCCACAGACAUACUCACAUCAAGGUACUAUGCCGAGAUCACACCUCAGCAUGUCCAUCCAACAACAGGCCACCCCACCAGCCCAACAGACCUUUCAACAACCGUUUGGCGGAGCCAGGGAGAUGCCCAUUUCGUCUUCGCCUUCUCUACAAGAUAUCCAAUGCAGCAUUCCUAAUGGAGGAGAGUUGUGGCGUGGUUCUAGUAUAGCUUCGUUACGGAGAAAAGCCUUGGAACACAAGGCGGCUUUUACAUAUAGAUAAGUAAAAGGUUCAGUAGCUCCUCUACGAUAUUGACAGAAUUACUGUUGCAAUAUUGAAGCCUAAAUUAGUGCUAGAGACAAGAAGAGAAUCACCGGACACUUCUUGUCAGUUUUGGUUCAAUAUAUUUACAAUUAAGACAUUUUUAAAAUAUUUUAAAUUACCAUUCUCUUUACGUCGGGUUUGCCAAGAGAAAUUUUCACCAUGUUUCUUUCCUUGCAUCUCAGAAAGUAGAUCAUCCCAUAAAAUAUAUAUAUAUAUAGUAUACUUGAAGUCUUUUUUCAUGAUAUCAUUUGCUGAAGAAGAAGAAAAAGGAAUCAAAAUUCGUAGCCAAAAAGUGUAAGUAAUGUAAGGGUCAUUAACCUUGGACUAUUGAUUUUAUUGUUGCAAAGACACAAAUUCCUCCAUCAAAAUUAUUCAGAAAAUUUAUGAAUGUUUAGAUAGUUCCACCUAACACUCGCUCGCUACUUUUUUAAUUCCAACCCUAUUCAAAAUCAUAGCAUCGCAUUUUUUUUUAGUUUCUGUCUGUCAGCCAAGCUCACCGGCUUGCCAAGUUUAAUCACAAAGAAACUUUGGAAUGAGUGUGAAUAUUACUUCACAGAAAAGAGAGACAAUUUUUUUUGAAGAGGCUCUUUCGCUCUGGAAUAACACCUAAAGUCGAAUUUUGAAUAACGGCUUUGCUCUGUUAAGUCAAGAUUGCACACAUACUAUCACCCCACCGCAAAAAUUUCAACGCAAAUGGAACCAUAGAAAUUCCAGACAACUGACCGAAAAUUUUAGUAAAAAUUUCAAGUAUUUCCCAGGAACUAUAAGGAGAGCUAAUUAUGAGCAAAUUUUCCUCACAAUCUCGAAUUUACUGAGAAAAUUGUGAAACUGUUAACGAAAAGGCGAACUAUUGUUUUAAGCACAGAAUAAGCAAGCUUGAUGGAAGCCUUGUUCUUCUAUCAGUUCAAGGAACACUUCUGUGCUAAAUUUGAUUUCUAUGCUAUUUCAAGGAAAAACCUGCCGACAGCACAAAAUUCUCAUCAUUUUCCCUAACUUUGCAAAUAGCAAAUACUCGUUCAACCCUUAGCCAGAAAAGAUAUUGACAGACGAUAAAUGUGUUAACCAUUCCAUCAGUCUAUUCUUUUACAAUUACGUAAUAUAAUUUCAUUAAGAGAAAAGAAAAAAUUCACAUGCUUCGAAUUAUGUUUUGGCUAAAACCCUGUAUAUACUGAAAGGACUAUACUACAAUACUAUCGCUAAAUAUACAUGUAAAUUUCCGCUGGAAACCUGUAUGGUAACAUUAUGGAAAGAUUAAGGUAUUUCUGAGGUAAAUUCGUCAACCAAUUGAGCCUUCCCACAUCUUAUAGACAGCGAUUUCUUGACACUCAUUUAUUUCGAUAACUGCAGUUGUCAUUUGACAAAUGCAAGCCGAGUUGAUUUCCACGGAGAACUUUUUCAUGGCCGCACUUUAAAAGGACGCUAUCAAGUUUGCGUUUUGAAGUGUUUUCCAGAUGGAAGCAAAUCAAUCGCACGAAUAGCACAGUAUAUUCCGCGCAUAUCAAGGCACCUCAUUAACGACUAUGUUGGCUACUCUCACAUUUUCCUUAUUUUCCUUAAAUUAUUUUUGCAUUUAUCGUUGUGCUCAGCUAUCUAUUUUUCUGCUAUUUCAUACAUUUAUUAAUCUCCCAACUAAAGCAACUUCAACUAAUAAGGAAGAAAGCUUUUGCCUUUAUUGAAAAAAAAAUUAAAUAACACGACAAACCAUCAAGAAAACCCUGCUUUGUCUCGGUUUGAUGGAAGAAGGGUAAGUCCCAUCCAUGUAUUCCAACCCAUCCUUGCUGCGUAACAUCGCUACAAGCUUGACCUUUCAGCUCU